AUGGCCAAGCAGAACAAGCGCGCCGCCCCGGCGCCCGUCGCGGCGGCCCCCGCCGCUGAGGCUCCCAUCGCCCAGGCUGACCUCCCUGAGAUUGAUGUUGCCAUGCGCGCGGCCAUCCUCCGCCGCAAGAUGGUCAACAAGCAGAAGACCCUGAUUCUUUCCUCGCGCGUCCAUACCCUGGAGGAGAUGCGCCUGACUGGUAAUGCCCUGAAGGGGACGCGUCCCCUGCUGUCUUUCGACAAGUCCUUCGACGAGAAGCCCGAGCUUUCCCUCAUCCGUGAGUUGCUGAUCCAGGUCAUCGGUACCCCUCGCGGCCACCCGCGCAGCCGUCCCUUCUUUGACCGCGUCAUGACUUUCUCCCAUGUUGAUGGGCGCAUCUGGAUCCGCAACUACCAGGUCAUCCGCACUGAUAACCAGCGCGCCCAGUCCGCGGCCACCUUCCGGACCGAGGAGAUUGGCCCUCGUGCGGUCUUCACCCCGAUUCGCAUCUUCGACGGCAGUUUCCAGGGUCGCACCCUUUACAAGAACCCGGACUUCGUUUCUCCGAACCUGUACCGCCGCCGUCUGCGCAUGUCGCAGUCUGUCCGCUACCACCAGCGCAAGAUUGACGAGGCCUCUCGCGUGGGUCGCUCCACCCGCCGUGUCAUGCCUGAGGACCCGGUCGACUCCACCUGGCUCCAGGAGGCGGAGGAGUAA